AUGAAGCUUGCCGAAACGGGCGCCACCGACGCCGCGAGCGACAUUUCUUUGAGGAGUGCGAUGAGUUCUCUGGCGGUUUUCGUUCAGAACACCGAUGCCAACAUGCAAAGUUCGAAUCCCGAGCUAUCAGGGACAGAUGUCUUGCACCAGCUCUGCCCGCAGAAGGUCACCGGGUCUCUGGAACUCUUCAAGGAGGCUUUGGCAAAGAACAAGCAGGACCAGAUGACUGGAGAUCGGGCCAAGAUGUUGCUGGAUGCUAGUAUUGAGGUAGUGAUCCAUCUCCUCGCAGAGUUCUCGAAGAACGACUCGGUGCUCAUCGCCAUGCAGUACGAGUACGGCACCAGCCUCUUCCCUACUCGGUCGGAAGAUCAGGAGAUCUUCUGGAAGACCGCCACCACAUUCUACAACAAGUUCAUCAAGACCCAGGGCAAGGACAAAGCCAGAGUCAUGUUGCUGAUCUGCCGCGAAGCGCGCAAAGAGCAUCCGGUUGUCCAAGCAGCUGUGCAGCAAAACUCGCUGAUGGAUAUGAAGGGCCUGGUGACACAGGCGAACAUUGCCGAGUACAUGAGCAGCUACCUGAAUCUACCGGAUGCCGAUUCCAACCUCAUCCCAACGCCGCUCCGGACCUUCGUUUCCCAGGUGACACUGGGAAAUCCUCUCUACAUUCGCGAGACCAUCGACCAGCUUCGCGAACAUCACAUCCAGGUAAACGAAGGCGCUGGUGGGCAGGUGAAGAACGUUGAAUGCAAGGAUAUUGACAAGGUCAAUGUCUCACAGUGGGGCCAUACGGCGAUGAUCGGCAAUACAGUCUGCGCCCUCGAGGCGUUAGACCCCCUGGAGGCGGCCGUGCUGAAGAUGAGCACCUGCUUCGUGGGGCCCUUCACUCUCGGGGAUCUGGCGGCCAGCAUCUGCUCAAGGUGGGCGGAUUCGACGCACUUCGACUUCCUUCGCCUGUUUCAGGCCAUUCGGAAGCUGCAGGAUCAGAAGAUGAUCGAGGCGGUGGAUGUGCCGGAGGAGACCGAGACCAGGCGCGGACCUUUGGUUUUCGUUUGGUGCAUCCGGUGCUGUCCAGAACAAGAUGAUGCCGGUGAGCUGAGAUCCGACUGCAAAGAUCAUGAACAGCCGAUGCAAAAUGUGCUUUGGCAGCCCGAGCGAGACCAAGCUUUCUCCCAGCUUACAACAGGGGCGAGCUGUUCGCAGGGCAUGAACUUCGUCCGUGCCGAAACGCUGGUGCAAGAGAUCACGGGCGAUGGCAAAGUUCGGGACAUCGUGACGCAGGUCAAGAAGUCGGAGGCGGAGAAAGAAGCCGAGCGAAAGGAGACCGUUCUUCGAAACUUGCCGGAGUUCAAGCGCGACGGGCAGUCUGCUGCGGAGCAGAUCGCCAACAACAAAGAAGACGAGAAAGAUCAGGAUAAAGAGGAUAAGUACAACGUCCACACGAUCGAUGAGGCCGAGUUCGAGCACUACCAGCUUAUUGAAGAUGCGGAGCGGGAGAAGAAGCGGAAGAAAGACUUCGAGGAUGCCGAAGCUGUUGCCCUCUUCGAGACAGAAAGAAAGCGCUUCAAGGAGGACACCAGGGACACCCGGCGCUCUCCAGUUCUCUCCAGCCCGCUGUUUAUGAAACGUGCGGGUACAUACUACCCACUGGCGCCACUUUUUCUGGUGGGUGUGCUUUUGAUCUACGUGGGUCUUCCCACGUCAACUUCUGUACAAGUUGGGCAAGAGGGUCUUUCUUCCAGCAGCGAUUUUGCGCUUUUGCUGCGCCACCACGGAAGCAUGCCUCCGAAGCCCCAGACGGACAAAAACAAAGUGCCGAGCAAAGGUGGCCAGAAAGGCGACAACGUACAGGUCAGCCGUAUAGACUUCGGUCUUCCCGCGGCGGUUUCCACCUCGUUACAGUCGAUAGCUACCAGAUCCACGCAGGACCUCUGGGGUGCCACGGCCUUUACAACGGAGGACGCCACGGCAGAACAGUUAGCUCAAAGACGAGCAAAUGCCAUCUCGAAGCUCUCCAAGCGCUUGUCAGGGAAUGUACGCGCAAAAGAGGAACUUGGUGGUGCCCUGUUUCAAUGGUGUUCUAUUAUCGGACAACAUCUUCUCGGUUUGGUCGGGCGGGCGAGAGCUAUUUGCACGAAGAUCGACGAGGACACCCUACAGGCGGUUCAAGACAUGAACGAGGCCUUGGUACACCAGCCAUCUGCCGCAUCUCUAGAGAAAGUGACCCAAGCGACCUCCUCUGUAGGCAAGGUUUGGAGCGAACUUCAAGAAUUAGAGGUUCAACGCAUUGCCGCAGCUCUUCGGGCAUUUGCAGCAGUAGGCAGUCCAGGUGCUUCUCCCGAGGUCAGCCUUAUAGACCGGCAGUCGGAAGCCAGUUUUGGAGCAUGGGGCAACACGUCGAUGGCGCAAGAGAAGCGGCACUGGUGUGGAGAGGCCUUCCAAGAGUCCCAGGCGGACAACCGACCGUCCGAGCCCGAGUUAAUUCCGGACGAGUCACCUGUCGAGGUAACCUGGCGCAUUGCUUGGCUUGCCCUGUUGCGUUUCGCGGUCGAGCAAGGACAAGACCCAGUCGGAGAGUUGUCAGCCAGUGCCGAGCAAGAUGAAUGGCUAUAUCCCAGCCAGCUGGUCGAGAUGGGCUGGGUCUUGCAUUCGGGUUGUACUGCAUGUUGCCGUGGCUUCUCCUGGUUCACGGCAUUGGCGUUCUACUUUCCCGGCGCCAUUGGCGUGUGCCUUGCGUAUGUCCUGGCUUAUGUGGCUGUGUUCUCAACCGGCAGUGUUCCAGCCACCACGAAUGUUGCUGAGCUUGCCCCGGCCCGUUUCGCUGGUGCUCCCUCGAUCAGAUUCUCCAUGUCGAUGACCGUGUUCACGAUGCCCUGCUGUUCCGUCAGGUUUGUGAAGUUUUCGGCUUACACGCCUCUGCUUGGCAUUGGCGGCAUGUGGUUGAAGCUCUUCCGUCCCUGCCACCUGAGCAGUAUGUUCUGUCACCAGUUGGCUUGCCCUGGCACCGCGUCCUGCUUCCUGUCGACCUACGUCCUGUUGGAGGUUCUGUCUCGCUUGUCGAAACAACCCGUAACCAGCCUUGUGGGCAAAUUGUUGCCGAUGCUGCCGCCCAGCAACAGCUGCAGCUGCGUGACCAGGAUGUCCUCUGCCGAACAUGUGGUACCUGGUUUGUUCCCCAUGCCUUUACUGGGCUUCUUCCUCGUGGGAUUGUCUCUGGAAGACGUGUUUUCCACCAGCCUUUCUCUGCCCAGCCCGGCUGAGCUUGCCUUUCACGAAGAAAGUGGUGCCAACGCUGUUGUGAUGUUUCCCAACGGCCUGCACUUCACCUUCGCUCCUGCUUUUGCAGAUCAUCUUUCCAUUCGAUCCACUGUUAUGGGCAGAUUUAUGGCAGACGUCACCAGUGGUGCUCAGGACUUUAGUCAUUUUGCACGUGUCCUGCCUCCUCUUGACCGUCUCCCAGCGGUCCAGUUUGUUGCCAUGCUCUGCACUGAGGGUCAAUUCCCCGGGAUCAUUGACUUCAGGCCUAUAGGCGGCGGCAUCACGGUUGCGGCCAUGUUUCGGAAUGCCCAUCCUGCUUCUAGGCUUAAAGAUGUUAUUGAGAGUCAAGGUGAGCCUGACCCCAGCCGCAGUGUUAUGGAAGCACUGGCACGGGGCUGUCUCUCUGUGCUGCACCGCGAAUGUAUUGUCGAUCCGUACAGUCCGCUUCAGGCAGCGGUUCCGGCCCCACUCGUCAUUGUACGGCGCCGCGAGCAGGCAACACUUAGUGAGAAUGAGCCCUCGAGUCCAGCUACGCGUCACUCUGCGAUGUGGGCUCUGAUCGGGGUGACUCUCUUCCGGGUUCACGGCAGUCGGCUCAUUCUUGGGGGCAUUUUGUUACAUCUCAGCCUCGCUGCUUUCCUUCCGCCUGAGGACCCAGCGCAGGUCCAUGAUAUCCCCAUCCAACAAGAAGCGACCAACGCUUCCCUAUUUUGCCCGGGGGACAAUCUGGUUGGGAUGCUGGCAGUGCCUAGCGAUCGCCACGAUGCCAGUCAGUGGCUUCGAGCCAACGUGUAUGUUUUCGUCACAUCCCAUGACAAAGGCCUUCAGCGUGUCCAGGAUGUCAUGCGCAUUGGCGGUCUCACUACUUGGGAUCUUCCCGGGGUCGAGCUUCAUGGCCAAUCCGUCAUUUGGAAAUGGACGGGCAUGACCCCUUCGUGUGCGAUGUCUAUCGUGAUACCGCGGCUGCUAUACAUUCCGCUUGGCAGCGAACUGCCUCACACCUUGCUUCAGGAGGGGUCCUUCCUUCUGCUUAGUGCUUAUGUGGUUGCGGCGGUUAGGGAGCCCUCCUCCCCCGAUCACGACGACAGUCCCUUGGACACCUUUCGCACUCUGCUGCGGGAAGCCGGACACAGAGCCGAGACCAACACGCUUCAUGUUGCCUUCGACACCCUGCCGACUCAACUGGAUGUUGUUUCUUGCCCGGCUGAAGGGCCUGCGUGGUGGAUUGUCCGGGACGGCAUGUCCCGUGAACUCCUGCGCCCGGUUGCUCCAUGGUACGAAGCUGACGGCCGUCGUAUCCUUACUGUCAACUCACUCGGCCAAGCACAAGGCCUCACGUAUGGAGCUGCUGCUGGCGCUCUGCAUAGGCUUGCUACGGGUGUUCGUGCUGCCUGCACUUACCCCUUGUCACGGAUCAUUGGUCAUCUGUCUGCUAGCGAAUUGGUGUUCACGGAAGUUGCAAUUGGGUCCUUUGCUCUUCAGCUUCGCUCUUCCGGCCACGUGUUUCUUGCGCUUUCCCUCUUGCACCUAGGUCUGAUCCCGGGGCACGCGAUGCAGCAAGAAAUCGCGCUACGACCUGCAGCUAGUCAGAGCACCGGUUGGGGCGCCGGGCAGGCUCCCGCACCCACUAUUGCCCGUGUCUGGACGCACGCACUUGCUGCCCCUACCGUCUUGCCCUUCAUUGCUGCCCCUGAUCCCGUUGUUAUGGCGCAGUGCGUUGCAAAUACUGCCAGAGGUGUCACAGCGAUAGGCGAUUUCGUGUGGACCACUCCUCAGAUCGUGCAGGGCGUGGCCCAUCUCCUGCAUGUUCCAUCUGGUUCGGCCCCUCCCAUGGUUUACUGGCUCUUACAUUACCGGGGACGAGGCACGGUAUAUGGGGCAGUCGGUGCUGUCUUUGAUUGGCAGCAAAUUGGACAAGCGGCCGCUGAAGAUUUUGGGCUGCCCUUUUUCUCUCAAGGCCAAUUCGCGGUCUGGCAUGGAGGACGAACCAUCUCAUAUGGUACCCAAGUCCCCGUGCCUGUUCAUGGCACAAUCAUCACCUUGGUCCGGCAGUAUCCGGCAACCGCUUCAGGGCUCUCAGCGUGGGAUACGCCGGCAGGAGUGUCAUUGGCCUACCACUUCGAUUAUGAUAUCUGUCGAGGUCCCUGUGGUGAAGUGCCACUUCUAGGCGAGGUGGAUUCCCGCGUCCGACCGGCUGCUCGAACUUCCUCAGAGAGGCCAGUGCCAGUUGAACCCACAGAUUCCGGACAGCCGGCUUCUAUAGCACCGGAUCGUAGCCUGGUCCGUCAGGUUAACGAGGUCAGCCAUCAAUUGACGAUGCUUACCGCCCGUCUUGAAUCUGCUGGUAUCUUGCAAGGGUCCGACACUACGGAGGCUACCUCUGCCCCACAUUUCCGAGGCCAGGAGGAGCCACAGGAUAGUGCUGCGCUGGGUGCCCUGCAUUUUGCGUCGAAGCCACUGUUUUUGGCCUUAACGGUGCUCUCAGUUGCCAAAGGUGGUUACCCUACCCUCGGUCUCAUGCUUUGUUUGCCUGGAGUUUGGGGAGAUGGCGGUAGUGAUUCCUCGGAAGAACCACAGCCACCGAGCUCACCCUCGCUCACAGCUGUCACCGCGCCUACGCCUGAAAAUGAGCUAGUGGGCACGGGAGGAGCUGAUCCACAUCUAAUACGGCCGAGCGACGACCCGCUUGCACGUACAGGUGCUCCCAUGCUUGAAUGGCCUAGGGCCCUUCCUGUGUUUCGUCAAGCGGAGAUCCCUCAGCUCCAAACCAGGGUUAGUGCCUUCAUGAGCGAGGUCGAUGACCGCAGCAACCGCCUCUCUCCAUUUUUACCGGCCGGAUGUCCCCUUGUUAUACAUAAUCCCUUCACAGAGGCCGAGCAAUGUUCUGUGCAAACACAGCUCACAGGCUCUGGACAGAUCUUUCGGUUUUUCUUGCAAGACUUUGCGCAGCGUCGAGGAUGGCAACCUAUCGUCCCUGUGCAACCACAACCGGAUGAGUCGGCUAUCCAUCUCAUACCGGCAGCUGCAGACCCCCGCCUGGCUUCUGUAGUUCUGCGUACCCCUCAGGGCUUGCAGCCGAUGUGUCUUCCGCGGUCGUUGCCUGCAGGGCCGAGCCGAGCCCUUACACUGAACGGUCGGUUCGGGCGCAUUCGAGAGCCAUACCCUACUAGGAGGAUCACGGACCGGUCACUUCAGCUUCGCGAUGGAGACUGUUUGCUGCUAGAUCAAGGCCCCUUUGGCCCUCCUCCGCCCACGCCCGUACGUUCAGCCGGGCGAUUGUUGGCCCCGGGGCUUCUCACGUUGGGUGUCUCUUCUUGGCGAUACCUCGCCCUGUUUACCGUCUGGUGGUGGUUUCCAGUCAACUCCAUGCAACAGCUUGCAGUUGUUCCAGUUGCUCGAAACCGGCCUGGUCCAGAAGUCCGCCGCUUUCCAUGGCGGUCCCCCCCUCAAGACCGCACCUUCCAGGCAGUUGCGGGCCAGGCCAGGAUUCGCUGCACUCUUCUCUGCCCACUCACAGGUCUGCAAGGCGUCUAUGAGGUUCCGUCUACCAGCACUUAUGCCGAGGUACGCCAGCACUAUCAAGAGGUCUACGGCAACUGGAUUGUUGACGUUGUACCCAUUUGGCCCACACCUCGAUUUGAUCGCCUUGUUCUUGUGCCUGAACUCGCGGCGGGCCCGCGUUGUGUGUGUGUAGCUGCCCGGUUUGGCCAUACCACGCGUGCUUUUCUUCUGCCCGGGCGUUGCUCCUUUGAAUGCCUCGCUCGUGGCCUCCAAUAUCUGUCGGGGUGGACUGACUUCAGUCUACGCCUGCCCCCUGCUUUGCACAAUCAACUGCUCCUAGACCCCAGUGUAGAGUUUCAGCUUCGCACUGCUGAUGUGCUUGUGGCAGAAUCCGAUACCAUUGCCCUCGACGCAGCCGCGACUCACGUCUCACUAGUCCUCCCGGAUCGGAUUCCCUGGGACGAGCCGUUUACUACAGUCACUGCAGAGCUUGUCGCUGUGUGGAUGCCCGAUACCCGCUUCCCCAUUUUUACUAGUGUACCUGCCGGAUCUGUGUGGCUGCCCAGCACUGGCACUUUCGAGGGUCCUUUCAGUGCAAGAUACCCCGGGCGUUGGAUUCCCGUUGUCUGGCAUCCUGCGCCUUGCGUUCACCUUGUCCGAGCUGCUGAUCGGCGCGGACGAGCUCACAUUCUGCAUGAAAGCCGCGAUGGUGUCUUUUCUGUGAGUUUCACCUGUCGUACUUCGCGGGUUGAGCUUGCCGAAGAAUUUCAUACGCUGCCUGAACAUGUCUGGGUAUUAGGUGCCACACCGACGGAUACUGACGCCCCACUGGUUUUGCGGGAUGGCGACAUUGUCCUAGACUCCUACUUAUAUGAGGAGCCUGGCCCCGAGGUCUGGCUUAUCGGGGCGGCAGACCGGCCGUGUGUAGCAGUCUGGAUACCACUCCUGGUCCUCAGCGCGGCCUUUCGUAAUCCCAAACUUUUGAGCAUUCUGGCUUUUUCCCAGCUGGGGCACGCCACUAGACGCAGUCGAAGCCGUGCAGCUAGUUCUGCUGCCUCUUCUGCGGAUUCUGAGGCCUCUCUGAGUCCUCGCGCUGGCGGCUGGCGACCCGAAUUACCGAACCCCAUGCAUGAGGUACUCUCUCGAGGUCGUGCACACUACUGCAUCCUUUCCCCAUUCCAUGGUGGCGGUCGACCGGGCUAUUUCUUGCGCGACACUACUGGCGAAGACCUUGACGAUCGUGUGGCUAGGUUUUGUGGGUCAUGGAGCCGGCACCACAUCCUGCUUGGCUCGGCAACGUCGCGCCAGCCCCUUGUUCUUAUACCUGGUGGCUUGGAUGUGUUCGCUACUGUAGUUGUGCAUACAGCAGAUGGUCGUUAUGCCUCCCUUGUGCCGCGACAGUUUUCCUGGAGGGAGCUGGAAGCGUACUGCCGGGCUCGACACCCUCACGGCUGUCAUCUUGUAUCUUCGCCUGCUUUGGCGCGCUUUCGAGCUCUUCCCAGUCUUAGCAUGGGAUUGCGAGACGGUGACAAUUUCCGCUGGGGGCUCGCCGAUACGCACACCCAUGCGCAUCCCCCACCAUUUGUGAGGCACCGUUAUGUGCACUGGCUCCCACACCUUGACGGCUGGCACCUCUCUUUCACUAUUAAGCACGGUGCUUGGGUGUUUGUUUGGCAGCCCGAGGGUGAUCCACUCUUCCAUUGUGAGCGCCAUUGGGUUCCCGCAGGCAGUCGGUGGAUCCCAGGGAGCCUGCAGUUUUGUCGACCGCGGUCUGCACCUGGCACUGAGCGCUGGGUGCCGGUCUCUCACUAUGACGGCAGGUGCCAUUUUGUGCAACAGUCUCCAGCGGGGCACGCUCAUGUGUUGCUCCACCAACCCUACAGUGGACACGAACCGGAGUGCAUGCUCUUAGAGCCCCCUUGCGCUGUUGACUCCAUACCACAUGGCUGGCAGCUUGCUCCGCAACUCAGGAGGCGGUCCGGCUCUGGCCCCCUGAGGGACGGCGAUGUAUUGGUGCCCUCUCCACUGCCGCCAGUGAUUCCAGCGCUUACCGUCCUUGGUGCAUCUGCUGCAGGACUGCGCUCCUCAUAUGCGGGCUUGCUUUUUGCUACGGUCCUGGGCCUCAGCCAACACGCUGACGCCAUGUUUGCACCACCAGAAUCGCAGCUCCAAGACCCGGUUAGGGUUGGCAAGUUUCCUUGGCGGCUUCCUGACCCCGACCGUGCUUUGCACGAAUCCAUCUCUGAGGGUCAACUUUGUCAAGUUCUCUCGCCGUAUGGUGUAGUCGGUGAUCCGGCGGUUGCGCUCGCCUCUGGCGACACUGUUGACGAGGUACGGAUGGCCCUCACUGGCUCCGAGCCCAUCUGGUCGCAGGACAUCGUGCCGGUACAGCCCGCGCCCCUGCCUGGGCACCUUACUUUUGUGCCAGCUGCGCCAGCUCUUUCCUUAGCCUGCGUGCUUGUUGUGUCAGUUGAAUGGCAUCUUCCCAUUCUUAUUCCCAGCCGUGCUGACCUCACCUGGCUGCUCGGGUACCUGCGCAACCUGUCGCCCGGUCCCAUCUUGUCGGUCCGUGCGCCGGUGAACGCACAGGCGGCCGGUGCAAGCUCUAAUGAAGCUAUCCGGUGGAGAGACGGUGACCUCAUUCUUGCCUUUUCUACCGAUGCUGCCCACAGUGCUAUUGAUAUUCCUGUGUUCCGUGAAGAAGCCCAGGCCGCUGCCCGCGUUCGCCAUAUGGCUCUGUGGUCCUACGAUUUCCAAGUUGAUUUUGUCCUCUCUGUCGUCCUAUGGCGGCCAGGCCAUCGCCCUGUGCAGGCGCAUGUCCACCGGGGAGAACACUGGUCAGCCGAGGCCCGUACAUUUACCGGGACAUUUCACGUUCGUUACCCCGGGAAAUGGACCCCGGUCGCAUGGGCAUACGAUGACCAGCCCCACCUGUGUCUCCAGACCGGCGACAGCGACUUGCGUAAUAUCAUUAUCGAAACCUUGACUGGGGACCAGCUUCGCGGUACGUGCCACACUGUCCAUGCGAUGGCCAACGCUGCUACAUGCGGCAUCCUGAUUGACCGUGUGGAUGACCCUUGCUUUCUUCUUGGGGUCUCUUCGGAUAAGGGUUGGGCCGAGUUGCGACACGGAGACAUUGUUCAUUUUCCCCCGACAGAUGGGUCUCACAGCGCCCACCUUUUCUCACGGGCAGGGCUGUUGGUUUCGCUCCUCUUUGCAUCGCGGCCCUCCUUACUGCUUGCAGGAAUCUGUUUCCUUUCCGUGCCUCAGUGGAUGGGGGCUGCUGCUGUCCCAGUUGAUAUGCCGGCAGAUCGACCCGCCCCUUCAUGUCUGUGGUGUCCCUUUCAAGGGCGCUGUGGGGUUUCCCCUUUUCCAAUCGGCACCUCGCUAGUGUCGGGAAACACUGUCCACAGCUCUGAAGUGGCCCCCGUUCUUCCAGCUCCACUCUUCACGGGUGAGCAUAGCGUGCUGCGUCUCGGAAUUGCUCAAUGGGCUACUAUCCUUAUGGUAGGACCGCCCGCGCCUCGGGCAUUGAUUCUGCCAUCUAGGCUCCUCUACGAGUUCCUGAUGCAAGUGGCUCGCCAGCAUUAUGGUCCGGUAUCCUGCCUCGCAGGUAACCACCCUUUGCUGGGCCAGUCCGGUAGCCACAUCACAUUGCAUGAUGGUGAUUGUCUUAGAGUAGUACAAGAACGUUGGCAACCAUCUCUGAGCCUAGCUUUUGGGCGGACACACCUCACUUUCCGAGAGGCCAGUAAACACGGCUUUUGGAGUUGUCCCCUCGAGAUCAUCCGGGGUGGCUGGAUCUUGUUAUGGCGGGGUCCUGGCGAAUUGUUCCGUAUCCUCAAAGCCGUCCCUGGCCAGACUUGGUAUCCUCCGCUCGGCAGUUUCCUUCCGGCAAUGCUUCAUGAGACGGAAGGAUGGUGGCCCUGGGGUCUACCUUUUGAGGACGAACAUGUAGUCCAUAUGCUACCGCGAGAUCGAGCGUUGCUUCAAUCCUCGACAUGGGAGGCCAGCAUUGCAGCUGACUCUGGCCUUCAGACAUUUAAUGUCCCCGUCAAUAGCAGAGGCUCCCGAAUAGUGCCAUCUACACCUGGCCUCGGACUUCUUUUCCUGAUCGGGUCUGGUCUGAGUGCCUCUCCGGGCUACGCGCGCCGCAUCGGCACCUUGCUCGCCCUCGUGUGCACGGUUUGCUACCUUGCAGCUUGGGGGGCUCCACCAACAUGGCACCGACAAAACGAUGAUACCUGGCAUCUUGAUGUGCAGGACGUUUGUAACUUGCAGGCUCACCUGCAUCAGGGCUGGUGGGCCGAGGGCCUUGCCGAUGAACUCCCCAGUGGACUUCCGCCAGCGUAUCAUCUUGCUUGGCAAUUGGAACCUAGUUGGCCAGGAGGCCCUCCUGACUCCCUGCUAAUUGCCACAGACGGUAGCGGCCUUGACGGAGGUUCGUGGGCCUUCCUUGCUUGGGGAUUCGCGCGCGGGCGAUGGUAUCGCCUCGGGUGGGCGGCCGGUUCCUUGCACGCCACUCCUUGGCUUCCAUCAGUCGACUGUCACAGUGGUGGCCUAGCCACAUCCUACUUUGCCGAGCUAGCUGCCCUUCAGUCUGCGGGCCACUGGUGUGCUGCUAUGCUUGACCUGUGGCAACUGCGGAUGCGAUCACGGCCAUGCUCGGUCUCUGUGGUCGUUGACAACUCUAGCGCCAUGCAAGCGGCGGCCGGCACAGGCGCGGCGAAUGGCCCUGCGCCCCAGCGCGCUAGAGCUGUAUGGCAGGCCGUGCAGGCCCGGAUCAGCACGCAUUUUCGCCACGUGCAUAGUCAUGUAGGCAUUAAAGUUAAUACCCUUGUUGAUGCACUUGCCUCUGCCGCCAGUAAGGGACUCCUUGACGACUGGAUGCGGUCGGGCCCUUUUCAAUCUUGUAAAGGGCACCCUGCCGAUCUUUAUCAGAGUCUCUGGCUAGUUCCAAGAGCUAGCAUGCAUCAGGGUCGACCCGUGGUCAUCAUGCGAACAGGUGCAUCUGCGUGGAUACCCCCGCCUGAGGCAUUGCCAGAGCAAAAGGCUCCACCGGCGGCGCGCCGCCCACAGGAUCUGCACUUGCUUACCGCAAACAUUCAGUCCAUCAAAGAUACCCGCUGUAACCCCUUUAACCCAGCUGGGCAUGGAGCACGUCGUCAAUACCUCCUUGACCAACUCACCCGCCUUGGCGCGCACGUAGUUUGCCUCCAAGAGACUCGCGCCCCAGCCGGUCGCUGGAGUACCGGUGGAUGGCUCUCUUGGCGGUCAGGCGGUUUGAAGGGCCAGUACGGAUGUGAGGUCUGGGUCCGUCAAGACCAGGUCCGGCCUUUGUUGCAGCUAGCGGAUUUUCGCAUCCUCGCUGCCGCUCCGCGCUUCCUGAUCGUGUCAUGCACUGACCCCCGGCUUCCGCUCACUAUUUGCUCCGCGCAUGCACCGCACGCAGAGCGGCCAGCUCAUGAAAGCACUGCGUUUUGGCAAGAGUUACGCAAUGCACUCCAGCAAUCCCCUAAGGGUCGCGGUCUGGUUGUUGGCAUCGAUGCCAACGGCGACUUCUGUGCCCAAGACGAAGGCGGCUGUCUUAUCGGUACCCACAUUGCCCGUCACGAAGCUACCUCUAACGACGAGCACCUUUUCGAAUUUGUGACUUCGCUUGGCCUCGAAGCCCCUGCCACCUGGGAAGGCGUACAGGUUGGAAAAGGAUGGUCAUGGGAACAUACUGGAGGCAAGCGCAAGAGGCUUGACCAUCUCCUUUUUGGAGUUGGGCCCUGGACCCAUGGCUCGGCGAGCCAGGCGUGGGACUUUGACAUCGUUAAUUCGCAGCGCGAUCACCUUCCUCUACGAGUUCUCUCCACUCUCCAACCUGCGGUGCCGGCUGGACGAAAGACCGUCACUCGUCACAGUACAGCUGAUGCCGUCCGCCGCGAUGGCACCGCACUCUGGCAACGUGUCACAACCCUGUCGGCCGCUGCACAUGGCAGUGGACAGCGUGUUGACCAACUUGUUCGUGAGCAUGGUAGCUGGGUACGGGGUCUCGCUCCCAGAGCACCUCUCUCACCUCGGCAACCCUACAUACAGGCCCGCACCCUGGUCUGGCUGCAUCAGCUGCGAGAUUGGCGAAGUCAGACCCGGGCAAUCCAAGCUACCGUCCGCCAGGCAGCCCGACGCCUAGUUCUUCGUCGGUGGGGUCGCCUCCGCAAGCUUGACCGGGCCAAUGCGUACGUCCAGUAUCGGCAUAGCCGUUUGCUCUACGAGGCGAUGAGGCUUCAGGAAGGGCGUCUUCAAGCGCUCGCGCAUCUCAACGCUCGCAAAGACAAACAAGCACACUUCUUGAGCCUUACAGCCGCUGCAGCUGAUCGAUGGCACGCUGAGGGACGCCCUUAUAUGAAGCCAUCACUUCUCUCCGGUGGGCUUCUCGGCGCGCAGCCGAACGACGGCAAGUCUCUGCUGCGGGCGCCAGCUCCGCCUUGCUUUGUUGCUGCUCCUUCGCUUCUUGAGGCAGAGGCGGCAUGUCGACGGCAGAAGAGCAACAAAGCGCCUGGCCCAGAUGGUAUUCUUAACGAAUUCUGGAAUGGCUUUCCAGUCGAAGCGGGACGAUGGUCAUGGGAGGUGUUUACGCGCAUUGCCCUGACUGGCAGGGAACCGCUGCACUUUAAGAUUGCAAUUUAUUGUGCUCUCUACAAGAAGGGCCCAGCGGCCCUUCCGCAGAACUACCGCGCAAUUGCGCUCCUCAAUGGCGUUGCCAAACUGUGGCAUGGACAUCUCAGACGCACAAUUGGGCACAGCAUUCUGCGUGGUUACGAUUCGGCACAGCUGGGAGGUCGACCUGGCAUCCCGGUCGGCUUCGCGAUCGCAGCCUUCCGCGCUGUCACAGACUUGUGCGUCGCAGCGCAGCAUUGCACAGCCGCUCUCUUUAUUGAUGUCCAGGCUGCUUAUUAUGAAGUCAGUCGCAGCCUCAUCUUCUCGGGUGAUAAUCUCGAAGAGCAGCAUGCCGCCAGGAUUGCCUCUGAACCACACCUUGCCCGUCUGUCUGCUGCUCUCCGCCAACACGGUUCUGACCAUGUGUUUUUGGCAUCCAAAGGCUCUCGACCAGGAGAUGGCCUUGCUGAUAUUCUUUUCGGCGCCCUUUUCGCCGUCGCCCUCCGCCACAUUCGGCGUGCUUGCUCAGCAGAGGGUAUCUCGCUUCAGGCGGCUGGCAGCUACAUAGGGGUCACGGAGUCUGUCUUGCCAAUUGGCUGGGCUGAUGAUCUCGCGAUUUUGGCGGACUUUCUGUCGCCUGCGCAGCUGCGAGAUCAGUUGCCACGUUUUGUUAUGGUUGACAUACGUGGCCCGUCUGCUAAGCAAGUCCGCGGUGAACUGCUCGCCGCGCCGGCUUUGCUGCACCUUCCUACCGGCCACCAAGUUCGGCUUUCACCUGAAUACCGGUAUCUCGGGGUGAUUUGUACUCCACGGGACACCGGCCGGCGCGACACCGAACUCUGUGCACAACGAGCCCACGCCGCUUGGUCUCACGCCAAAAGCUUAUUAGCUUGCCCUACGCUCCAUUGGCGUCUCAAGCAAGCGUGGGUCGCAGGCAGGGUGCUCCCCGCUGCCUAUGCGACGAUUGGCACUUCCAUCGCCACCUCGGCACGAGCUUUGAGCCCUAUCACCGGCUUCUUUGACCGGGCUGCGAGGCAGCUGGUCGCUUCUUGGCGUUAUGGCCAUCUGCUAACAAAGCCUGCUCUGACACUGUUGCUUGGCUUGUCUGCACCUGACGAUGCAUAUUGCAUCGCACGAGUUCGCCUGGCUGUUCAGCUUCUGACUCGUGCGGAGCAAAAUGCGACGACAGAGGCCGCCGAUCUGCGAAAGCAGGACCUUCAAGAUGACCGAGCAAACCUGCAGCAAUCCCACAGCGUGGCGAUCGAGAGGCUGUCGACUCGGCUGAGUGAGGUCACGAAUGAGCACAAGCAGACCGUUGCAGACUUUCAGCGUGCCUGGCCUUUUCUUGGAAGGCAUUGUGCACAAAACCUUAAACCCUAA